GUCCGGAGCAGAGCGGCCCGCACGCAGUCCGCUCCCGCCAGCUCCCUGAGGCCCUACAAUCCUCGGCAGUGUCCUGAGACUGUACGGCCCUCUCAGCGCCGGCCGCCCCGCGCCGCCUCCGCAAAGCCGAGAGAAGCGCCCAGGCAGCCAGCACCUCACAGCCUCCUCCCCUGUCCCGCCCCGCCUCCCCGUGCACUGCCUUCCCGUCACCUGUCUCCACCCCCCGGCCCCGCACCUAGCCGGCCGCGCAGACAAGCACCUGGCCGCGCGGGGCGCUCCGGACCUGCUCGCACCCGGGACCUGCCCGGCUCCCGGCCGCCGGGAGACGGCGAGAGCCUCGAGGCAGAUCCCCCCCCCCCCCGCCCCCGGCCGCCUGGUGCCGCUCUCCCAGCGCCGUCGCGACCAUGACGGCCGACAAGGAGAAGAAGAGGAGUACCUCAGAGAGGAGGAAGGAGAAGUCUCGGGAUGCUGCAAGGUGCCGGCGGAGCAAAGAGACAGAGGUCUUCUACGAGCUGGCCCAUGAGCUGCCUCUGCCUCCCAGUGUGAGCUCCCACCUGGACAAAGCCUCCAUCAUGCGAUUGGCCAUCAGUUUCCUGCGAACACACAAGCUUCUGUCCUCAGUUUGCUCUGAAAAUGAGUCUGAAGCUGAGGCUGACCAGCAGAUGGACAACUUGUACCUGAAAGCCUUGGAGGGUUUUAUUGCCGUGGUGACCCAAGAUGGAGAUAUGAUCUUUCUGUCAGAAAACAUCAGCAAGUUCAUGGGACUCACACAGGUGGAGUUAACAGGACACAGUAUCUUUGACUUCACUCAUCCCUGUGACCAUGAGGAGAUCCGCGAGAACCUGAGUCUCAAGAAUGGCUCUGGUUUUGGGAAGAAAAGCAAAGACAUGUCCACAGAGCGAGACUUCUUCAUGAGGAUGAAGUGCACAGUCACCAACAGAGGCCGAACCGUCAACCUCAAGUCAGCCACCUGGAAGGUCCUGCACUGCACCGGCCAGGUGAAGGUCUACAACAACUGCCCCCCUCACAGUGGUCUCUGUGGCUACAAGGAGCCGCUGCUCUCCUGUCUCAUCAUCAUGUGUGAACCCAUCCAGCACCCAUCCCACAUGGACAUCCCCCUGGACAGCAAGACCUUCCUGAGCCGCCACAGCAUGGACAUGAAGUUCACCUACUGUGAUGACAGAAUUACAGAACUGGUUGGUUACCACCCUGAAGAGCUGCUUGGCCGCUCAGCUUAUGAGUUCUACCAUGCCCUGGACUCGGAGAACAUGACCAAAAGUCACCAGAACUUGUGCACCAAGGGCCAGGUGGUGAGUGGCCAGUACCGGAUGCUUGCAAAGCAUGGGGGCUAUGUGUGGCUGGAGACCCAGGGGACAGUCAUCUACAACCCUCGCAACCUGCAGCCCCAGUGCAUCAUGUGUGUCAACUAUGUUUUGAGUGAUAUUGAGAAGAACGAUGUCGUGUUCUCCAUGGACCAGACAGAAUCCUUGUUCAAGCCUCACCUGAUGGCCAUGAACAGCAUCUUUGACAUCAGUGGUGAGGUGGCUGUGUCUGACAAGAGCAACUUCCUGUUCACCAAGCUCAAGGAGGAACCUGAGGAGCUGGCCCAACUGGCCCCCACUGCAGGAGAUACCAUCAUUUCUCUGGAUUUCGGAAACCAGGACUUUGAAGAGUCCUCAGCCUAUGGUAAGGACAUCUUGCCCCCAAGUCAGCCAUGGGUUGGGGAUCUGAGGAGCAACAGUGCUCAGAGCGAAGCCGGGAGCCUCCCAGCCUUUACAGUACCCCAGGCAGCUGCCCCGGGAAGUACCACCCCCAGUGCCACCAGCAACAGCAGCUGUUCCACGCCCAGCAGUCCUGGAGACUAUUACACAUCCCUGGAUGGGGAGCUGAAGAUUGAAGUAAUAGAGAAGCUCUUCGCCAUGGAUACAGAGACAAAGGACCAGUGCAGUAUGCAGACGGAUUUUAAUGAGCUGGAUUUGGAGACACUGGCCCCUUACAUCCCCAUGGAUGGGGAAGACUUCCAGCUCAGCCCCAUCUGCCCUGAGGAAAGACUUGUGCCAGAGAACCUCCAGUCCACCCCACAACCCUGCUUCAGUACCAUGAUGAACAUCUUCCAGCCACUGGCCCCUGCAGCCCCUCCCAGCACCUUCCUCCUGGACAAAUACCAACAGCAGCUGGAAAGCAAGAAGACAGAGCCUGAGCACCAGCCCAUGUCCUCCAUCUUCUUUGAUGGUGGAAGGAAGACAUCCCUGCCUCCGUGCUAUGGCCAGGCCAGCACCCCUCUCUCUUCCAUGGGGGGCAGAUCAAACACACAGUGGCCCCCUGACCCGCCAUUACAAUUUGGGCCCAUGAAGUGGCCUGUUGGAGAUCAAUACACUGAGUCCUUGGGGACCCCCAUCACCCAGCCCCAUCUCUCCAUGUUAAAGAAAAGGUCUGCAAAGGGAUUUGGGCCUCAGGGUCCAGACAUCAUAAGCCCUGCCAUGUUGGCACUCUCCAACAAGCUAAAGCUGAAGCGACAGCUGGAAUACGAGGAGCAAGCCUUUCAAGACAUGACCGGGGGGGAUCAUCCAGGCAGCAGCACCUCCCAUUCGAUGUGGAAAAGGAUGAAAAGCCUUGGGGGCAGUGGAAACUGUCCUUUAGUGCUCAAUAAGCCACUGAGUGCAAACGUCCCCAACGAUGAAUUCACCCAAAACCCCAUGAGGGGCCUGGGCCAGCGCCUCAGACACCUGCCACCAUCUGCUGCUGUGAGCCCCAGGGAGAAUGCAAAGAGUGGGUUCCCUCCCCAGUGCUAUGGCCACCACUAUGAAGACUACAGUCUGUCAUCAGAUCACAAGGUGUCAGGUAUGGCAAGCCGGCUGCUUAGGUCCUCGUUUGAGCCCUACCUGCUGCCUGAAUUGACCAGAUAUGACUGUGAGGUGAAUGUUCCUGUGCCAGGCAGCUCCACGCUCCUGCAAGGAGGCGACCUCCUCAGAGCCCUGGACCAGGCCACCUGAGCCAGGGCCAGCUCUGGCGCAGCAUCCCACCAGGUUCACUCAGUCUGUUUCUGCAGCUAGGUAUUUCUAACACCAACACACUAUUUACAAGAUGUACUUGCCUGGUAGACUUGCCCAGGUCACCAAGCAGUGGCCUUUUCCUGAAGAUGCUCACUUUAUUAUUCAUAUUUUUAAAAUACAUGUUUUACCUGCUAUGUUUUGAUGUUAAUGAAAAUGUUCUUAAAGAUUUUUCUUUCCCCCACCUUCAAUUGCUUCUAAUUUAUAGUAUUCAUAGGUUUCUCUCUCACACACACACACACAAUGUCCAUAUUAACCAGUUCGGUAUAUUCCCCUUGAGGGAAAGUUUUGGCUUCAUCUAACUAAAGGGGUUUUGUGGUUGUUGCCAAAGAGAAACAAGAAUACCUUUGUUUUCCAUGCUUGAUGUAUGGCCUCUACUCCCUUUUUAAAAACUAAUUGCCAUAUUGUAAAUUUCAGUCUUUUUAAGUCAACCCUGCUCUCAUUUCGAUAUGACUGGGGGUGGGGCGGGGUGAAGGAUAAUCUCGUGUAUGUGGCUUUUUUUUUUUAUUGUUAUUCAGAAACAUAACUGAAUUUUUUUUUAAAAAAAUUUAUAUCUGGAGUAAGUGUUUAUCAUAUAUAUGGGUACUUUGUAAUAUCUAAAAACUUAAGACACAGAAGUGGAAUCCUGCUCACAAAAUCAUUUUAAGAUUUAAGCUAUUGCGCUGUUCCCUGGUGAUGCCAGCAUUGCAGACUCCUGCAGGCCCCGAGGCCCCUUCUCCGUCAUCUGCUUCGCUCUGGGGUGGUGUCUCCAGCAUCACAAACAAUCCAGGCGGUGUAAUCAUGAAGUGGGAGCAUGGCAAUCGGUCUUCUCCUCGUAUUUUCUGUGUGUUAUGUAUGUAUGUAUGUAUGUAUGAUUGCUGCCAAAAGAGUCUGAUGGGGUUGGGGGUUGGGCGUGCAGUGCUUUCUCUCUUCAGGUUUUGUUGCUAGCCCUUGAAGUGCACUGAGCUAUGUGAUUCUUAUGGUUUUUUCAACGUGGCAUGUUUGGUUUUAUCCAAAGCAACCAUGAAAUGGUUUCAAGGGAAAGACAGAAAUUCUGUGAGAAUCCAGUUCAUCUUAGAGCACAUGAGCUGGACUGAGAAGGUACAGGGGGCGGUGGUGAUAGCUGGUCCUGACCAGUCCUCUCCCUGCCCUCCCUUCCUCCACCAGCCUCGUGGGCACCCUGCAGGCAGACCUUUGGGAACCGCCCCUACACCUGAGGUCUGUCACUUGAAGUGACUUGGAUGGGUCAGAAGCACUGAAAACAGUGUUCUCAGAGCACUUUGUAACUCACUGGGUAAGAGAGAUAAUAACUUUUGGUUUUUAAAUACCAAUCACAUGGAACUUUUCUGCCAUGGGUACAAUGAAGAAGUUUCUAGAAACACACACAACACAGCAGACCAAAAAAAUUGUUAAGUCUGGAUGGACUUAUUGCUAAAAACAAAAUUCAAAGUCCAAAUGAGGUAAGAAACUUAAACUUGCCGCUGUGCUGCCCAGAUCACCGCUAGCACUGCGGCUUUGCUCAACACCGCAGAGGAACUUGAAGGGUUACUGCCACGUAAACGCUGGUGUUUUAUUUCGUGUGUGUUGCCUCAGCAUUAAGGGCAUUUUACCCUUGCAGUUUCUACUAAAACACUCUGAAAAAUAUUCCAAGCUUCAUAUUAACCUUAUCUGUCAACGUAACAAUUUCAUGAAUAUUACUAUAUUGUUGAAUUCCUACUGACAUAACUAUAUGGGAGCUUAACUUUAUAAGGAAAUGUAUUUUGACACUGAUAUCUUAUUAAAGUAUUCUGAUCCUA